AUGAGAAUGAAAUCAUGGUCACCGUCCCGCUACCGUAAACAGCACAAGGAUGGAGCGGGCCGCUGCUAUCUCCUGGAGCUUCCAGCGGAGCUGUUGCUGGAAAUCAUCUCCCACUUGACUUUGGUUCCAGAGGCAGCGCUUGCGCUGACCUGCAAGCGCAUGCUCGCGAUUUCGAGUGGGAUUCUCACGUCACAAUCGCUCCGGUUUAGCCGGGACUUUGCGCCGCUUUUCCACCACUAUCGCAACGGUCACAACUUUGUCUCGUCCCGAUGGCAAUUCAUCAACCUUCUGGAGGAUGGGCGAUGGUUUGCGUGCUCGAAAUGCUUGAAAUUACAUCCUCGUGCAGCGUUCAGCAGUCGCGAACUACGACGGAAAUCAGACCAUCGGUCAUGCAACCUGGGCGACCUUGCGGGGAUUGUCGACCUUUGUCCCUGUAAGAAGCUUACUUUCAGGGACAAAUUGGACCUGGUAGACCAUCUUCGUGUUCGGAGGGUUUCCGUGGAAGCUUUGCGAACACACUUUGGGGACAAAGUUGGAGAUCGAUACUGCUGGCACUCCUGUACCGAGACCUACGGACCAACACAGUUGAAAAUCUCGAUUUACCCAGAGCUGGAUGAGACCGAUCAGUUGCGGGUGCGAAUUGAGUACGAAAUGACCACCGAGGCAGGUCAAGUGGGUAAAGAGGAGUAUAUGACACCUCGAUUUGGGUGCGCACAUCGAUCAGUCGAUCUCUGGCUUUCGAGCGUCCAUCAGACCAGCGUCUGUCGCCUUUUCGACGCUUACUGCACAUCUUGUCGCCGGAUCUCUGUCUGCGGUGCCUGCAACACAACCCUCAAGUGCCCGCGAAAACAACCAUAUAACUCUGGCGAGAUCGGUCGAGACACCUUCUACUUUAUGACACAGCGCAACCUUGGUGGUUCUAAGCUCAUCCCGGAUGACAAGUGGGCAUCACAGCGUAUUCAUCCAGCCGAGCCUAUAAUUGGCGUGGAGAACUGCAACGAGCUGUGUCCCUGGACGGUUCGGGAACAUCCCCCAUUGACUUUUUCUCCCGCCAUCGAAGAGGAGAUCAUUGACCCGGCGGUCAAUCCUCAACCGCUGAGCACUCUUUAUUCAUCGAUUCGCAUGCUCUGA